AUGUCUGAAGAAGAAAAUUCGUCGAGCACCGAAUUACCAGUGCAAAAUAAAUUGAAAAAGAUGUUAAAAAUGGCACUUCCUCAUGUGGGUCUUGCAGUUUUCUUGUUUUUAUAUCUUUUAAUUGGAGCUUAUGCAUUCUACUAUCAGGAAUAUGAUGCUGACAAAAAAAUUCAAAUGACAAAGUUGAAUCUAAUACGGCAAAGAUAUAAACAAAUUGAAAAUGAAGUGAAGGUUUUCAUAGGAAAUGAUAAGAAAUAUGAAGAGUAUAAACCAAAAUUAUUGAAGCAUUUAUCUGGAUUAUCCACUUAUCAUGAAGGACGAGAAUUUAAAUCAACAAUUUCUGGAAUAAGUGAUGAUGCUUUGCCACCAAGAUGGACUAAAAGAAGCUCUAUUUUAUAUGCUCUUAGCAUUUUGACAACAACUGGAUAUGCUUAUGCCGUUCCGGUUACCCCAAUAGGGCAGUGUUUUGCAAUAAUUUAUGGAUUAGUUGGAAUUCCAAUGAUGGUUCUGGCAGCUGUUGAUUUUGGACGAUUUUUAUCACAUAUUGUUUUGGAAUUGUAUUCAAAGUACCUGGAUCUAGUGCAUAAGCUGAAAAUAAUGAAAACUGUAAUAUUGGAAAGACAUCGUGCUCGUGAUGAGAAACGUCGUUUACAUGCAUUCAAAAGACUUGUUCAAGACACUGGAUCGACAAUUUCAGAGUGUACAACACAAAAAGAUGUUCAAUUAGAAGAAGAACAGACAACUGAUUCAGAUGAAAUGCCUGAGAAACGAUUACCUCUAGUGAUAAAUGCUUCGAUUCUUUUGAUAUUCUGUAUGUUGGGUGGAGUACUGUAUAUUGCUGCAGGAGGGCGUGCCACGUUUAUUGAAUCUUUCUUUCUCACAUUCAAUUUGGUUGCCAAUUUGACAAUGAGUGAGAUGCCGAAUGAACUCAAUCAUAUUCUCACUAUUAUUUAUAUUUUUGUGUUCGUCACGUGUGGAGUAGCAGUUCUCUCAAUGAGUGCCGAAUUGGCGGCAUUGGAACUCAAAGAGCUAUUUAUGAAAAUUCAUUAUUUUGGACGUCGAAUUAAUUUCAAAAGAAGACAGCCAAAAGAACAAAUGGAUGUUCAAGUGAAAGAAUUGUUGAAAAUAAUUGAAGAAAUAAGAAAACGAUAUCCAGAAAAAGAGAAAAUUACCACCUUGGACAUUUUGGAGUAUAUGCACGAAAAUACCGCAAAUGACAAACUGAAUGAGCGUCGUGAUACAAUUGCAUUUAUGCCUCAAACAAUGGAAGUUAUUAAAUUUGCCGAUGAGCAAGAUUUGGAGGAAAGAAGUUUUUCUCGUCACGAAGAUGUUGCUUCACUUGGUGGAAAGGCUUCAACAAAACUAGCUUCUGUGGUCGACGUGAUGAGCUUCUCACCUGAGGAAAAUAUGGAGAAAAGAUUUAAAAAGGAAAUUCGAAAGUACACGACGGAGAUCAAAUAUGUUAAUAAAAGGGGACAAAUCACGAAUAAAGUGGAACUUUGAGUUAAUCGUUUGCAAAAUUUUAUCUAUAAAUAAAUCCAUAAUCGUUU